GUCGCCAAUCUUCCUAUCUCGGAAGAAUGGUCCUAGGACGUUCCUACGUAUCGCUCAUCUCGUCAUGCAACAGGCCCCUGCACUAUGGCGAAGGAUCAUUCAACGUCAACUUUGACUCCGGCUCCGCCAACACGUGAACAAUGACUGCCUUUGCAGAAUUUGGUUGUCUCCCUGAGAUCACUCAGGCUGUGGAUGAAAUGGGAUGGCUGUUGCCUACUGAUGUUCAGGCUGAAGCCAUUCCUCUCAUCCUCGGGGGUGGAGAUGUUCUUAUGGCUGCUGAAACUGGAAGUGGAAAAACUGGGGCGUUCUGUCUACCAGUCAUCCAAAUUGUCCAUGAAACACUGAGAGACAAGGCUGAAGGAAAGACAAAGGAAUCCACUGCUUCUGUUAGCAUGGAAUCCAGCUCUUGGAAGAUGAAUGUUUAUGACAGAGGAGAUGCAAUGGCUAUUGAUAAAGAAGGUUUGCUGUGUCAAAGUCGAGAGAUGCAAUCAUGGCAUGGUACCAGGGCUAAUAAGGGUGUCAGUGGUAAAGGAAAGUACUAUUAUGAGGCUGAAGUGACAGAUGAAGGACUUUGCAGAGUUGGAUGGGCUACUGACAAAGCUGACUUGAAUCUUGGAACUGAUAAGCUGGGUUUUGGAUUCGGUGGAACUGGCAAGAAGUCAUUUGGACGACAGUUUGAUACUUACGGAGAGUCAUUUGGAAAGGAUGAUAUUAUUGGUUGUUACUUGGAUCUAGAUAGCGGAGAAAUCUACUUCUCUAAAAAUGGCAAAGACCUUGGCUUGGCAUUCUCUAUACCUGGUCAUCUUCUUAAGUCUACCUAUUACCCCACAGUGGUCCUCAAGAAUGCUGAGAUGAAAUUCAACUUUGGUCUCACUCCUUUCAAGAAUUCACCUCUUAAAGGGUACAGUGCUAUCUGUGAAGCGCCUUCAAACUGUGUUGUCAAAUCUCCAAACAUGGGUGGUGGGCUUGCUGGCCCUGCAAAAGCAGCACCCAACGCUCCUCAGGCAAUCAUCAUCGAACCAUCGCGAGAACUUGCUGAACAGACUUUGAACCAGAUAAGACUCUUCAAAAAACAUGUUACAACUCACUGCCCCAGAGAAUUGUUGAUCAUUGGAGGACAAGCAGCCAAGGAACAAGUAGAUGCGCUCUUUAAAGGAAUUGAUAUUGUUGUAGCCACACCAGGACGUUUGGAAGAUCUGAUGAGUACUGGAAAACUUUUACUGUCACAGGUAGGGUUAUUGUUCAUUAUACAAGUACAGAGCUGCCAACUAGUUGGAUCUUAUCCUAUAUUUAGGCGUUUUACAUGAGAAUAGGACAGUAGGAUAAUAGGAUGUGUGCUGUAUUCUACAUGUGUAAAGCACUGUGUUUUGAUUGUGUGUAUGUGUGCUUUGUAGUAGAACAUAAUCUGUUGUUUUUAUCUGCAGACUAUCUAACUGAAAUUGUAAAUAUGACAGAAGUCAUAUAUACCAAUAGCAAUGGAAUUUGCAUCAAAAUAGACUAAGUUAAUGGUAAUAGCAAGGACACUCGGACAGGAACUUAUACAGGUAUUACGCACAUGUCAAUUGUACAGUUAGUGGUUAGUUUUGACCCUGAUAUGCUAGAUUCCAUGUUAUGAAAUUUUGCUAGUGAUGUUGUGGCAAAAAAUAGGAUUUUUCAGGGAAAUAGUAGAAUUUUUGGUCCAAUUAAGUUGGCAGCUUUGCAAAUAAUGAAUGUUAAUGAUGAUUCAUGAGGUGAAAAAUGAAAUGAGGCAUAAUAUGUCCAAGAACCAUAAUGACAAUAUAAAAUGAUUUUGGUGGUAUGAUUUGAGAUGAGGAUCAUGACUACUGCCAAAAUUCAUAGCAGUUGUAUGCAAGCUGUUGUACAAUAUAUUUUUGAGCGAUGUGUGAGAUUUUUGCUUGAAUGAAGAGUGUUGGUUUUGAAUUGCUUCUUGGUUUUUGUUUGAAAGGAUUGCCAACUCUUCUGAAGGCAGAAAUUGAAGAGAUUUUAAUGAAACUUCAGAUGGGGGGUGCAGAUUACCUAGCAUUUUAAGAUUAUAUUUAUGGAGGAUGACAUUAAAAUUGAUUUGUUUGUCUGAUUAUUCAGUGUUUUGUUUUGUUUUAUGUUUUGUAAUGGAGGAAACUUGAAAUGUGGUGUUUUUUCUAUACAAUUUUUCUUAUGGGAUAUUUUCACUUCAUUUUGUUGGUUUUCCCAAUCAUUUGUUCAACUGCUUUUAGAGUUUGGGUUUUUCUUAUUAGUCAACAAAAAAUCAAUAUCACCUCAUUGCUCUGUUCCAAAUCUCCUACCGCAUACACUCUGUCUCUGUCCACAUCUCUUUCUUUCUUCCUUGCUCUCUCUCUCUCUCUCCACCCCUCUCUUUCUGCCUUUUUACAAAGAUGUGGUACAAAUAUGUUAAAACGGCUGUUUUCAACUCGCCAUGUGGCCAUCGUAGGGGAAUUGUGACUGCACCAUAGAGUGUUAUAUGAAAUCAUAUUUAUUUCAUGUUUUCUUACAUGUGUUUAUGAUAUCGUCCAGGGAAUAAUUUUGCUUUACAAAUUUGAAUAGCAUUUUUGGUCAUAAGAGAAAAGCUCUCAACUAAGUAAUGAACAGUCCUAGAUGUAAAAAUAUGCUAUACAAAAGACUUUAUGCAUAGCAGUCUUUCAAAAAUGUGGGGCAAAUUGCGAUGCGAUACCAGGAAAAUUAUUCCCUGUCGUCAGUGAUUUUAAGAACUGGCUCAAACCUUCGCGUUUUGAAAGAAAGGAGAUCAAAUAUUUAUACCAAUGUAAAGCAUACAUUACAACAUUUUUUUGGCAAUUCAAAUUCAGUUUUGAAACGAAGCGCAGUUAUGCAUAUCAGAAGCUGUAUAUUUUUACCGAAAACAGGGGGUUAAGGUCACUUUGUAAAAUUAAGCGUAUUGUUUUUUAGCGACAUAAACCCGGUUUGAGCUAGGUCGUGAAACCAUUCAAUGCCAUGUGCAUGUUUUUUUACUGGCACAAACCACAUACGCGCCGCAUACGCAAUAACAUCUCUGUGCGCCAUUUCAGAGACUUAAUAGUACACAAAGAAUGGUAUAGGCUGCUUCAUAAAAUCAAAUUAAGGGUUUGAGCCGGUUCAUAAGAAAUUUAAAUAUACUCUUAUUCUUUGAAUAAUACAAAUUUUUAUCUGAAAUUUAGUCAUUCAAUAGAAUGAAUCACAGGCUUUCAGAAUAUGCAAUAGAAAUAAUGAUUUUGAAAAUAUCACCAAAAAUGAGGCUUGUGCCGGUUCGUAAAAUCACUGACGAUAUUUCUUCCUUGUAAUGAAGUAAUUUGCAGCAAUGAUUAUCUCGUACAUUAUACAACUCCCAAGAAUUUUCUUUGGUCCAAAUCGGAUAAUUGCACUAUUGCAUCCAAAAUGCACUAUCUUGCACUCUGACGUCAUACCAAAUGUACUAUCCUGCACUCUGACGUCAGAGUGCAGGAUAGUGCAAGGUCUGGAAUUAUCUAGAAUUUAGAUCAAAUAUAGUGUUCGGGGCAACUCAGUAACAUGGGGAGGGGGGUUGUAUAAAACAAACAAUGCACGCAUUCUUGUGCAUAGAGGACCUAAAUAAUGAACUCUGUGCUCGACUCGCCAAAUGGAUAUGCCUCACUCGGUCCUGCGGAUCUCGGUGCGGUACAUCCAUUGGCUCUUCUCGCUCAUCGUACAUUAUUUGGCCCUGCAUGCACGCCCUUACGUGCAUUAUUUGUUUAUCAUUCAGUAGUCAUUAUAUCUUUCUAAAUUCUUGUCGUACAAAAUUAGAAUAAACAUAGUUUAAGUGGGAUACAUGCAUAAAACUGAUUCAUCAAAAUAAUGCAAAACUUUAGAACGUCAUAACUUUGUUAUUCCUUUUCCAAUUUCGAUGAAAUUUUCAGUGUUAUGUUUGUCUGAUUUUGCUUUAUCUGUCCAAUUUAUAUUAUUUUCAGCCUGGAGUACCUCCUUCAUACUUACUUUUCUGCCAUUCCCAUUUCAUCUCUUGUCUCAAUUCCUCUCUCAUUCCCUCUUUUUUC